AUGGCGAGUGCCGGUGGCCCAGCUGGUGGCGGGGCGCUGGCUCCGGCUCCAGCUCCGGCUCCGGCUCCGGCUCCACCAGGUCCGCCCGGUGGUCGCGCGGGCCUCACCAGGCUAUGUCCGAGGUGCGGAGUAAGGAGGCCAACAUACCACUUCAUUAGGCGCAACGCCAGAAGCACAAGGAAUCUCGUCAUAAACUGUGCCACGUGCCGUGGGUUCCGACCAGCCGACCCGAGCAGGCCAGACGGCUACGCGGGGGGUGGGGGUGCUGCUAACGGUGUCGACCCCAACAGUGGAGACGAGGAUGACGAUGACGAUGAUGAUGACGACGACGACGACGACGACUAUGAUGGCGAUCGGAUCGGGCAGCACAGGGGAUCGCGGCGGGGAUCGCGGCGCGGGUCGAGACACGGCGCGAGCAGCGGGGACCCCCACGACUCGGAUUCCUCAGACUCGGAUUCCCCAGACUCGGAUCACUCCCAUGGCAGCGACGAUGACCGGAGGCCUCAUUUUGGUGACAUGUCGUUGGGCAGGCACAGGCACCACAGGAGGGACAGGCACGCCGACGGCGGCGAUGCGGCUCAGCUGCGGGAUGAGUCGGAGUGGGUAUUGACGGGGCUGGGGAUCGUGCUGUAUUUCUUUGGCUGGUUCUCUAUUGUGGCUUUGUUCGUUGUGAUUGUAGCAUUUUAG